ACGGGCGAGCAUCGCGUGUUAACAACGGGUAAGUCUCAGAAGUCCUCUUGUUCUGGCAAUAAUAAUAGUAGGUAACGCCCAUAUUCUCUUCAUUUUGUCGCAUAUGUUUUUCUGGUAACCUUUCAAGUCCUGCCACCACCUGCAGGUGUUCACUACGCAUGCGCCCUAUAUAAGUAUUUAAAUAACCCAAGUCAUCUGAUACAACAAAACAUUCUACUGUCAGCCAAUCCACGACUGCAUCGAAAGCUGGCACUGGAGGAGCCCCUGUUUUUGGCCAAAUAUUGCCACUUUGUGAUACUGGGAGCCGAAUUCGCCUAGUUCCUGACCGCAUCUAAUUACGCCAUUGAUUGAGAGUCGUAGAGGUUAAGAAGACUGAAGUCGACCAGACGGACAGGAAAAAAAUAAAACAAAGAUGGCUGUGUAGCCAAAGAGACGAGACCCAACCGAGUGUCCGUCCGCAGCCCCACAACACCGACACGUCUAGGGUCCAUUGGACGGUCCGUCGGCACCAGAGCACCGAGGCAGCCUAGCGGGCGAACUGGGCCGCGGUCCCACGGCGGUCCCGUGCGCUGUCAGGGCGAAUAACGGCGUCGAAAACACCUCCGAGUGACGCCUGAGUUGUUUUGUUCUGCCCGGGCCAGGGGAAGGACUGCUGUGUUUUUGUCAACGAGCUAGCCCAUAGUCUGCUAGCACUACUGUAAGUCUUCCUAAUAGUUAUCUAAUACUUGAGCGUAAUGUGACACUUUAAGACAAGCUUGCGAGUUUUUUUUUUCUACAGACGGCCGGGGUGUUGAUGCAUUUGCGUGUACUGUGAUUAUUGCAACAUCGCCCGCAUUCCUCACUGACAGCCUUGUGCUGUAGCUAGCCUAGCCCAUCGAUGUCAGCUGACCGUUAGCCGCACAGAAUACACGCUAUCAUCUGGGCUAACCUGCUAAUAUUUCGCCCUGAAUUGGGUCGCGGCAGGACUUCCACAUAUCUUGACAAUCAACACCAUGUCUUCACUGGAAGAGCGAGACAUGGGAGUCGCGGCCCCGGGCUCCUCCACGUCUGGAUUGGGGGUCGUGGCCGUGGGGGCAGCAUUGGAGGCUGUCGCGGGGGUUGCAGCAAUGCAGGAGGAGGUCGCGAUUCGACGAGACGGGCCCGAAACUGACCCCGACGAGCCACCCAAGAAAAGGGUGAGACUGCCCGAGGGAGAGGCAGGGAAGCUGGAGGAGAGAUUGUACUCUGUUUUGUGCUGCACCGUUUGCCUUGACUUGCCCAAGGCAUCUGUUUACCAGUGCACCAACGGGCACCUGAUGUGUGCUGGCUGUUUCAUUCACCUCCUGGCCGACUCUCGCCUUAAGGAGGAACAAGCCACAUGUCCCAACUGCAGGUGUGAGAUCAGUAAGAACCUGUGCUGCAGGAACCUCGCGGUGGAGAAGGCUGUGAGCGAGCUGCCCGCAGACUGCCCCUUCUGCCUCAAACAGUUCCCCCGCUCCACCCUGGAGAGACACCAGAAGGAGGAGUGUCAAGACAGGUGUGUGUGCCACACGGGUGUGAACUGCCUCACCUGCACACGCCCUUACCUGGUGACACUGUGCAAGUACAAGCGCAUCGGCUGCCCGUGGCAGGGCCCCUUCCACGAGCUCCCCGCCCACGAGGGCGAAUGCUCCCACCCCAACAAGACGGGCGCCGAGCUGAUGGGGGUCCUGGGGGAGAUGGACCAGAGCCACCGCAGAGACAUGCAGCUCUACAACAGCAUCUUCGGCCUGCUCUGCUACGAGAAGAUAGGCUUCACAGAGGUGCAGUUCAGGCCGUACCGGACGGACGACUUCAUCACGCGGCUGUACUACGAGACGCCGCGCUUCACCGUGCUCAACCAGACCUGGGUGCUGAAGGCGCGCGUCAACGACUCGGAGCGCAACCCCAACCUGUCCUGCAAGCGCACGCUGUCCUUCCAGCUGCUCCUCAAGAGCAAGGUGAACUCGCCGCUGGAGUGCUCCUUCCUGCUGCUGAAGGGGCCGUACGACGACGUGCGCAUCAAGCCCGUCAUCCACCACCACGCCUUCAGCAACGACACCAACGAGACCGAGUACGUCCUGCUGCCCAUCUCCGACUCGGUGGAGUGCAACAAGCUGCUGGCCGCCAAGAACAUCAACCUGCGCCUCUUCAUCUUCCAGAUCCAAAAAUAAUUCGGAGCACGAGGAGGAGGGGGGGGGGGGCCUGAUUUUGAUGGUGAGGCGGGAAGGGAGGGAGGGAGGGUUGGAGGUGUUGGACGGGAGCGGGGAUGAGAAGGGGUAGGUGGAGGAGGGCGGUGGAGGAAAAGAAAGACACCACUGGACCACUGAUACCUCUGACCAUGCAUUCACGCACGCACACACACACACGCACACACACACGCAGAUGCAUGUAGUCCUACACGACGCAAGGUACAUUACAUUUUUAUGCACAUGCUUACAUCCAACCAAAUACAGACACAUACAUACACAAACAAACAAUUAUUUACUUUUACCUCCUUUGACAUGAUGGUCCGACCCCCUGUUUGGGGGAAGUGUGAGGGUUGCUAUGGAGACCGGGCGGACAUGGGAUGGGGCGGGGGGGGAUGUUGACUCCAGAGACUGGGGCAUGCAGUUUGGGACAGAGGGGGUUACUGGGGAUACUGGUCUGUUAUCCAGAGCCUGGCUGAAGUGUGCCUGUGGACAUUCUCUGACUGCAGGCUGUCUUACCUUAAACCUACCCCCUCCCCCCACAGCCAAAGGUAGCACACACACACACUAACCAAAGCUGGACAUACCCACUGCAUUUGUGCAUGUGUGUGUGUCUGUUUAGAGAGAGCAUGAUUGAGGAAACAGACAGGGUUUGAAGUUAAGAUGAAGUGAAGCCCGAGCUGCGUGGUGGGCUUGUACAUUACUCCCCAUCACGAUGUCGCCUCCAUUUCUGGAAGCAGAGGAGCAUUUGAAUGUUAGUUCUUAUGUUGGUAGACAUACAUUAGCCUAGUUUAAGUUGUAUUUACAGUACUAAAACUCUUGAGUCCUCUCAAUAUGGAAAAGUAUGGCAAACAAAAUAAUCCAGUGAUGCAUUCUAAUGUACAAGCCCCAUUGUUCUGAAGACAUGAAUGUGAAGCGGGAAAAAACUCUUGAACUCUUAUCUACACUGAGCAGUGUGUGUGUGUGUGUGUGUGUGUGUGUGUGUGUGUGUGUGUGUGUGUGUGUGUGUGUGUGUGUGUGUGUGUGCCUGCGGCUGUGCAUCUUUGUGUGCCCUGUAAGCAUUGUGCCCAUCUGUAGCCAUACAAUUCCAUUUUGUUUUGGCAAUAGCAGCCAUUUUGUAUGAACUAAGAUGGUGGCCCUUUCGUCCACUACCCUACCAUGACCUUUCAACAGCAGGAUAGCAGGCCCUCUGGCUGCAUUGGGGUAGUUCCUCCUUUACCUUUUUCCUUACAGUUGUGUUAGUUCUAUUUUAUCAUAAUAUGCUAACUUAAGUCAUUUUAUUUCUCUUUAACCUUAAAUAUUUAAAGUACCUGUGAACUACGCCUUUUAGUUUUUCUUUUAGUUUUUUUGAAGCGUGCUUGUGUUCUCCUGAAUGUGCGUGUGAAUGUGAGAGAGAGUGAGCGUGUAAAAGUGUGUCUGUGCGUAUACAAAUCCUACAACUGUGAGAUUCCCAUUGGCUCCAGUCCACAUCCCACUGUACAUGAUUCCCUCUGCGAGCAGCGAGCCGUACCGGACGGACCGAGGAGUGACGAGCAGGCGUGGCGUGGCGGCCGUGGUGUUCUGGGCGCAGAACACGCAAUUCAGAUCCCCACCCCACCCAUGUUUUCUAACUGGACAUAUCGACCUCAUCUCCUCUGGAAACACAAUCACAGCCCUAAGCAGAGCAGCGGGCCGCUGGGGCCCGGUUCUGUGUGACUUGGUAGUGUAUCAGUAAGGAUUGGGAUGGGUUCAAUUAGGAAGGUGACAUGUUAAUGUUAGAAUUACUUGAAUGAAAACAAGAAGAUUUUACUAAAGUAGAUUCUACUGUAAGGCAAAUCGCUCUCUCUCUCUCUUUCCUCCUUUCCUCAUCUUUAUUUCUGUGUUCUAAUGCUUUUUCUCUAUGCCAAUGGACUCACUCAUCUCACUAUGGCUGUACAUGUGCCUUUUAUUAAAGAUCAUGGAAACUGCA